AGCUUCGGCAUGAUCAGCGUAUAGCAGUAGAAUUUAUCAACAAGGAGGCAUGGCUGUACUUCAGGCCAAAAUGUCACUUUCCUGUUUUAUGUAUAUUUUAUGUUUCGUGUUAGUUUUACCAACUGUGAUUUGUUUUCGAUGUGAAAGAAGACCAUACGGGUCAACUACGCAAGCCUCGGAACCAGAUGGCCGCUUCAAGCUAGAGAUUAUAGGCCUCGAAAACUCAUAUAUUCCUGAACAACUUUACACAGUACAAAUAACCGAAACGGAUGGCCAGUCCCAUUUCACAGGCUUCAUGAUAUCCGCGGAGGGUGAUGUAAAGCAGGAUCCUAGGAAUCCCAGGCGAAUAAUCGCACUAUAUCCGGGAGAGUUGAGACCUCAAGAUUCUGCCACUGCUAAGUACAGCGACAGAUGUCUCUAUUCGGUUGAGCAAGCCAUGGCAUCCUACAAGAAAUCUGUUGAGGUAUACUGGCAAGCCCCUGCCUCAGGCAAUGGCUGUGUCACUCUGCGUGCUAUGGUGGCCGUAAACGAUGAGGUAUGGUACGAGGAUGGAGCUCCUUUAACACAGAAAGUGUGUGAGGACUUGAGGCAGCCUGAUGACGUGGCGCCGCAGUUGAACUACGAAUGUGGGAUCUGUGAUGAAGCUAAAUAUGAGCUAACCUUCACCGGUAUAUGGUCUCGCAACACCCAUCCAUAUAUGUACCCUGAAAAUGACUGGCUUCCAAGGUACAGCGAUCUAGUUGGAGCUUCUCAUAACGGAGAAUAUAUCCUGUGGAUGCCUGGAAACCUCGCUUCGGAAGGAUUUAGAGAUUUCGCUGAACACGCUAACUCCAGCAAUCUGGAAGUUGAAAUUCGAGAGAAGAUUGGCGAUGGAGUCCGAACACUGAUAAAAGGCAAGGGCCAUGGGUAUCGUAAAAUGAGUCUACCUACUUAUUCCUUUUUUCGCGUCGACAAAGAGAAUCACCUGUUCUCAGCAGUGGUAGCUUUGCAUCCUUCUCCCGAUUGGUUCUUAGGAGUCACCAGGUUUGAACUCUGCCAGGAAGAUAAUACGUGGCUGAAUGAAAGGGAGCUUAAUCUAUAUCCUUGGGAUGCUGGCACGGAUAGCGGAGUGUCUUAUGAAGCAGCUAAUAUCGUAACCUAUCCCCAAGACUCGAUAGGUCGAGUGGAAAUGAGUUCGUAUGACAAAAACUCACCAUUUUAUGAAGUGGACAUAAAAGAGAUGCAUCCGUUCGGAAAAUUCCACAUUAAGCUGAUCAGGACUUACCACAGAGAUUGCGAAGAAGAAAGUACAGAGGAACCACCGGCGACAGAAGCACCAGAAUCUUCAGAAGAAGUCCCGGAGACCAGUGAGGAGGCUAAACCGGAGCCUCCAGAGCCAUCCAGGUAUCAAACACAUCUAGAUAGCGCCGAGGACGGGCGCGAAGCUCCAUUAGUAACUGAAACUGAUGAAGAAUCUUUGGAAGAAUGCCCCACUUCACCGUGGGAGGAGUGGAGCGCCUGCGACGGGGAUUGUGAGGAGGGGAAGGUAAUGGGAUUCCGCUGGAGGGAACGGUACCAUCUCGUCGACGGAGUUCCAGUAGAGAUGUAUGAUCCUCAUGCCAAGCACCAUCACAGGAAGGAGGUGUCAAAGUUCUGCAAGAAACACGUCGAGACAUUCCAGAGAGAACCUUGUGAAGACGAAUGUACCAAUGCUGAAGAGGACGAGGACGAUAUUGCAGUUGAACGUCGAAUCAUGGCACCCGUGUCUCCCGGGGGCAAAUGGAACUCCAAGCGCAGGGAUUAGAAGAUUAUGAACUGAACAAUAUAAAAUGAGUGAUUUUA